AUGGACAUCUGCAACAUCAAAGUCUUCUCAAGGUCUCAAGCCUUCAUGCGACAGCGCAAGCGAAGAAGAAGCUGCAAGCUGAAGUGCUUUUUCGAAAAAGCUGAAGUUCUUUUUCGAAGCACAAGCUGCACAAGCUGCUCAAGCUCAAGAAGAGUGUCAAGAAUACUUCUUGCUCUAACAAUCGCUUCUCUUGGCCCUUCCGCCUUUAUGCUGAAGCCCUUACACAGUUUGACCACCUCACUGAACUUGCGGCCUGUUACCUGGCCCGCCUUGGUCUAUGGAAACACCACCGUAUUUCACUAUGCAUCGAGUCCAACAGCCCAAGGACAUGUGGCGCUGACCAUUGAUGAUGGCCUAUGCCGGAGUGGAGCUGGGCGGUCGAUGGUCACAGAAGUCCGAGAGCUGCUGAAGGAGCAUGGAGCACAAGCGACCUUCUUCCUUUGCAGUGACUAUGUCGAGGAUCUAGAAGCAGAGGCCAAGCAGCUGCUCGAAGAUGGCCACGAGUUUGCAAACCACUGUCCCAAAGAUGGAGUGGACUACUACAACAUGCCGCCGGUCGAAUUUGAAACCGAGCUGUUGAAAACUUCCUCCAAGAUCCAGGAGCUUACUGGUGCCAAUCCAUACUGGUUUCGAGCACCGCAGGGCAAGUAUUCUGGGCAAAUGCAUGGCUACGUGUCGAAGCACGGCAUGCAACAUGCACUUGGAGACUGCUAUUGUGACGACUGGGCAAUUGAGGACUCUCAAUGGGUCGCUGGCACCAUGCUCCAGCAGGCCCGAGGUGGCUCUGUGAUGAUUGUCCACAUGCCGGAGAAAGGUUUCAGAGAACAUAUUUUCAAAGCUCUGGAGCUACUUUUGAUAGGUCUGAAGGAAAGGGGCCUCACGGUCGUGACUCUUUCGCGCUUGGCCUCGCUUGCAGCAAGACCGGCAGCCUCAGCGAUGCAAGAGGAGCAACACCGAGGCUACUCUGUGAUCACUCACCACGCCUUCGGACAUGUUGAUGGAAUUGUUUUCGGGACGAAGGAAGAGGCCCUUGCACAUUGGCGGGGCUUACCCCUCUUCUCCGCUCACAUGCUCCUGGGCCCCGAUGGCAAAGAGCUGCGCUACUAUGGGCGACGUGACGGCCGGGAUGUGGAGAUGAGGGACUGGGCGGGCCAACGCAACGGGCCGACGCAGUGA